AUGAGUCAGGGUCUAGAAACUCCAGUGGCUUUGGAACUAUUUUGCGAAAUGUUGGAAACGUUAAGUGAAAGACCAAUAAGUGGUAUUGUAUUGCUGCGUUGGUCUCGUUCGGAUAUAUUGUCUCUUAUGUUGAGCAUAAUGUCACUUAUUCUUAUAUCAUGUUCUGUUGCUUCAUACCGAUAUUCCUCCAGCUACUCCUGGAUAUCGAUUGCUGGGGAUUUGCUCUUUGUCCUCUUGUCAAGAAAUUUGAAGCCGAAUAUGCUUUCAUAUUCACCAUGUCUAAAUGGACUUUUAAAUGAGAUGGUUGGUUUGGAUACCCACCUUACUAUCCGAGAUGGAAAAAUCGUGGUCUUGCCUGCUGUUUUACUUGUUCCAGGUGAUGUUAUUAUUAUUAAACCAGGUCAGACAAUCUUCGCUUUCUGCAAACAAAUAAAUGAAAAUCACAUUUACUUUCCAGGUGAUGUUUAUGUCCCUCAGAAACUCAGUUGUAACCUGAUAUCCACCUCGUUUACAUCCAUUCAAAAAUCAGAUGAGUCUGUGGUAGCCGUUGUCAUCCAUUCUCCUUUGGCUUCUUACCUUGAUAUCGCUUCUAGACCAAGAGUUGAAAAUGGUUAUACGUUUCAACCGCUUGCUUAUAAAGUUGUGAAUACUGCAGUUUGGGUUUCUUUAAUUAUCAAGUGUUCUAUAACUUUCAUUUUUCUAACUUCAAUAUUUAUUUGCGCAUUACCUAUUGGUGAUCUUAGUCAUCAGUUUUAUCGCUUGCUAAUCUGGUUUGCCCACACUCUUGGUAUUGUUAUUGCUUCUUCGAGCUUCUCAUUGUAUUUCAUAUGGAUGAUUGCCACUGCUGUUGUCACAUUCCACUUCCAGAAUGUUCUUUCUAAUUCUCAGGAUCAUUUUAAACUUAUUGAUGGCAAUGACUUCAAAUCUCCCCAUGUAUUUUUCCAACCCAACAUGUCUAAGGCUUCCAAAUCAAACACGUUAACUUUUCACUCGCUUAUCUCCAAUCUUCGCUACUUUGGCUUUAUGGCAUUAUGUUCUCCACCAUUCCGUGUCCAAUUUUGA